AUGCUCUCGCGCCGGACAAAAAGCUCCUGUCGAGGGGUGUCUGUGCUCUUUCAACAUGCAUAUUUUCGCCUUGGACCUAUCAGAGACCUAGUCGCUGACAUCACCACCUCCGACCGGAUCCCCACGUCGGCUUGGGAAAGUUGGCGUCUUUUGCUCGGGGCUAGGGGUUUUACAGCGGUACCUUGCAUUUCCUCUCAGAUUCCCAUGUCAGAUUUCGAUCUCAGAUUGCCUGGUGUAGAUGCGGCAGAGACCAGCAUUCGGUUUGCGGCAUGGGGAGCAUAUCCUCGGCCGCAUCGCCAGCCCAAGGUUGGAUCGAUCCCCCUGUGUUCUCCGGAUGCAGCAUAG